AUGGAAAUCAGGGUACUAUCUUGCGGGGGGUCAUGGUUUAUUUUGUGCACCGCCUUAAUUUUUGUGGGAACUUCCAAUGGACAUUUACAAGAGGAAUGGAAAAGCUACGUUGACGUCCAACUUCGAUUUUUACGCUCAGAAAUUUUACAGUAUGUAAAGGACCACACUCUAAUAAUAAAGACUCUGUCUGCCCUGAAUUGGCAUUUGCGGACUCUCAAAAUGGACAUCAAACAACUGGAAGCUGGGAGAAGUAUCCUAAAAGCACGGAUUGACUACUCAAUAUCUAAUGUUUCUCAUCACAUUGACAGUAUAGAGGACAAAUUAAAAGAUUUGGAAGGACUUAUAGCAAGUCAUCAAUUGUCAACUAUAUCACCUGACACAGGAUCUUUAGAGAGUUCAGAAACUGUACAAAGACCGGCUCUGUCAAGUACGCCUAAACCGACGACAACAACGCUUAAACCGACGACGACAACGCCUAAACCGACGACGACAACGCCUAAACCGACGACAACGAAAAAGCCUACAACGCCUAAACCAGUGGGUCCAAAACUUCGUCUGGCCGAUGGGACAGACAAUAAAGGCGGUCGAGUUGAGGUUUACUAUAACGGACAAUGGGGGACGGUGUGUGCUGAUAACUUUGAACAAUUCGAGGCAACGGUCAUCUGUCGGAUGCAGGGAUUUUCUGGCGGUUCUAUCCGUGUGUACCGACAGUCGUUUGGACCUGGUAGUGGUCCAAUAUGGCUGAGCAACCUUAGGUGUCGUGGGAAUGAACAAUCCUUAUUUGCCUGUGGAUCAGCUGGUUGGGGUGUACACAACUGUGGUCAUUAUGAAGACGCAGGGGUCCAAUGUUACUGAUACCACUGUCCAGUUUG